GUACAUAAAUUGGGUCUCGAACGCAUCCUUUAUAAAAUAGAUUGAAUUCUAUUUUCCCUAUCUCGUCGUUCAUAAAUAGGCGAUACAAUAGGUAGUGUAUUCCACUAUUCCAUCUAUUUUACGUUUUUACUUCUUUUUUGUCUCUGGUCUUCCCCUUUGUUCUCUGCCUGUUGUUGAUAGUCUUGGAGGCCAACCCUAGUCGACAAGUACAGAGCAAAUGGAUUUCUUUUCUUCAAAAAAUUUCAGCAUGCAAAAUCUUCGGUUUGUGCGGGUGGUGCCCAACACAGGGCUCCUACGAAGAAGAAUACGCACAAUUACAAUUACAAACACCUCCCCUUUCGCGUCCUCCAUUCUCUUCUCUCAUCGUCGCAUUCUCAGAUGGCCAAGUCCAGCGCCGACGACGCCGAGCUCCGGCGAGCCUGCCAGGCCGCGAUCGAAGGAACCAAGCAGAAGAUCGUAAUGUCGAUCCGAGUUGCCAAGAGCCACGGCGUCUGGGGCAAAUCGGGGAAAUUAGGUCGCGGUCAGAUGGCCAAACCUAGGGUUCUCGCCAUCUCCACAAAACAAAAAACACAGAGGACUAAAGCUUUUCUACGUGUGUUAAAGUAUUCCAGUGGAGGAGUACUUGAAGCUGCAAAUAUAUAUAAGCUAAAGCAUCUUUCAAAGGUGGAGCUUGUAACUAAUGAUCCAAGUGGCUGUACAUUUACACUGGGGUUUGAUAAUCUUAGGAAUGCUACUGUGGCACCCCCUCAGUGGACGAUGCGCAAUGUGGAUGACAGGAAUCGGCUUUUGCUUUGCAUCCUAAACAUUUGCAAGGAUGUACUGGGUCAUCUUCCCAAGGUUAUUGGCAUAGAUGUUGUGGAGAUGGCACUUUGGGCAAAGGAAAACACACCUGUGGUUAACAAGAAACAAGGUGGCAAUCUUCAAGAUGGGCCAGUGAUCGUUGUGGAGGAAGAAGCAGAUACGAAAGUGACUGUUGAAAAGGAACUUGUGUCUCAAGUAGAAGAGGAGGACAUGGAGGCUCUUUUAGGAACUUAUGUCAUGGGCAUUGGUGAAGCUGGGGCUUUUUCUGAAAGGUUAAAGAGAGAGCUUCAAGCUUUAGAAGCAGCAAACGUGCAUGCCAUAUUGGAAAAUGAGCCUUUAGUGGAUCGGGUACUGCAAGGGCUUGAGUCAGCCUCUAAUUGUGUUGAAGACAUGGAUGAAUGGUUGGCAAUCUUUAAUGUUAAACUCAGACACAUGAGAGAAGAUAUCGAAUCAAUAGAAGCUCGGAACAACAAGUUGGAAAUGCAGUCAGUGAACAAUAAAAAAUUAAUUGAAGAACUUGAUAAACUUGUUGAUAGGUUUUGUAUCCCACCAGAGUAUUCAGCAUGUCUUACAGGUGAUUCUUUUGAUGAGGCAUGCAUGCAUCAAAAUAUUGAUGCUUGUGAGUGGCUAACUAAUGCUAUAUGUGGCCUUGAAGCACCAAAUUUGGAUUCUACUUUUGCAAAUAUGCGAGCUGUAAAAGAGAAACGGGCAGAACUUCGGAUAUUGAAAAUGAAUUUUGCUAGGAGAGCUUCUGAUUUCUUGAGAAACUACUUCUCUAGUUUGGUAGAUUUCAUGAUAAACGACAAGAACUAUUUUUCUCAACGUGGGCAAUUGAAGAGGCCAGACCAUGCUGAUCUAAGGUACAAGUGCCGCACUUAUGCUCGACUUUUGCAACACUUGAAGAUUCUUGACAAUAGUAGUUUGGGAUCACUAAGAAAAGCUUAUUGUGCAUCCCUUAAUUUACUUUUGCGCCGAGAGGCUCAUGAGUUUUCAAGUGAACUUCGUGCCAAUACAAAGGCACCAAAAGCUGCAAUUAUAUGGCUGGAUGGUUCUGCAGUUUCCAACCAAAGUCUGAAUAAUGUAGACACUUCUGCAGUUUCAGAAGCAUACUCUAAAAUGCUUACAAUAUUUGUGCCGCUAAUGGUGGAUGAGAGUUCUUUCUUUGCACAUUUUAUGUGCUUUGAAGUUCCUGCACUUGUUCCAGCAGGAGGUUCUUCCAAUGCUGAGGAUGAUCUCAAUUGUGAUGAUUCAGGAAUUAGGGGCAUUGGUGAUAAUAAUAAAAACAGAGCAGGUAGAAAUUCUGCAGAUCUAGAGGAACUAAAUGAAUCCCUACGGGAUUUGCUUGAUGGAAUACAAGAACACUUUUAUGCGGUGGUAGACUGGGCAUACAAGAUUGAUCCUUUGCGGUGCAUAUCAAUGCAUGGGAUCACAGAGCGCUUUAUUCCCGGUCAGAAAGCUGAUACAGCAGGAUUUGUUCGCAUCUUGCUUGAUGACCUUGAAUCUAGAAUAUCAGUGCUGUUUAGCCGUUUUGUCGAAGAAGCUUGUCAUCAAAUUGAAAGAAAUGAGCGAAAUGUUCGGCAGGCAGGCGUCUUGUUAUACAUUACAAGAUUUGCUGCUCUUGCAAAUCGUAUGGAGCAAUACAUCCAAGGACAAUCAAGGGACUUAGUUGAUCAAGCUUAUACAAAACUCGUAACUAUGAUGUUUGUGACUUUGGAAAGAAUUGCUCAAGUUGAACCAAAAUAUGAAGAUAUCACACUUUUAGAAAACUAUGCUGCAUUUCAGAACAGUCUGUAUGACCUGGCAAAUGUCGUGCCCACAUUAGCGAAAUUUUAUCAUCAAGCUAGUGAAGCUUAUGAACAAGCUUGCACGCGUCAUAUUAGCAUGAUCAUCUAUACCCACUUUGAGAGACUCUUUGAUUUCGCUCGAAGGAUUGAGGAGUUAAUGUGCACACUAGCACCAGAAGAGAUCCCAUUCCAAAUUGGAUUUUCGAAGACAGAGCUCAGGAAGGUGGUGAAAGCAAGUUUAUCAGGGGUUGAUAAGACCAUUGGCGCUAUGCAUAAGAAAUUGCAGAAGAACUUAACAUCAGAAGAGUUGUUACCUUCCUUGUGGGAAAAAUGCAAGAAGGACUUUUUGGACAAGUACGAGAGCUUUUAUCAGCUUGUAUCUAGGGUUUACCCGUCAGAGACAAUUCCAUCUGUCACAGAAAUUGAGCAUUUCUGCAAAUAGACUCUGUUGCUAUUUGUUUAUUUAUUCAUUUAUUGCAUAUCAUUAUUACGGAAUACUUAUAAAGGAAAAAAUGGUCCACUAUACCUUCAUUACGGACUAAAAUCAUGUUGCUAAGUAGUUGUAUUUGAACUUUGAAGGAAAUGAAAAUAAUACCCCAUG